UGAAUAUUGGAUAGCGCUAACCACUGCGUAUAUAGGUAAGACUAAUACUCACCAAUAACAAGGAAGUUAUAAUUUAAUGCGUAUUUCACGAAUACGAAUACAGAUUCUCAAAUUCUAUACAACUUUUACACAUGUCAAGGCACUUCUUGUAUACAUUAACUAAUGCCCGAUGUCGCACGUGGAUCUUUUUAUGUUGCUAAUUAAAACAUUCCUUUGGGGUUAGUGUGGUCAUGAGUGGUAAAAGUCUGGCCCAGUGGGAAAACCAUGGCAAGCCCAUCUUCUCAAGGGAGAAAAGAACCUAACAAAUCUAACAUUGCUGACUCUCAUGAGACAUGAGUUGGCCAACCAUGAGAGAGAGCAAGUGAAAACCAACCACCAAAACCCCACAAAUAAAGUUGAACUAAAAACUAGCAUUCCCUCUUAGAGGCUUCCACCAGUACUAGGAAAAUCUUCAUAAAGAAUAUAUAAAAGCAUCACCUAACAUGUGUAAACUUACACCACUGGGCAUGACUUAAAAUGCAAUCCACAGUACUCAAAUAUUGGCUAUAAAUCCUGUCACUCUGCUACUUCAAACAAAAUGAGAAGAAAAUCGGAAAAAAAAAAAAAAUGGCUAUUUUAAGGAUAGAACUCACAAUCUUGAUGAUUGUGGGGAUUGUGGCUUUGGCUUCAUCAGAAUCUCUUGUCACAUACAUCUUUGGUGACUCCUUGACUGAAGUGGGCAACAACAAUUACAUGCAGUACUCACUCGCAAAAUCGAAUUUUCCCUACUACGGUAUCGACUAUCCUGGCGGACAGCCCACCGGGAGGUUCACAAAUGGAAGGACAAUCGGCGAUAUAAUAUCUGCAAAACUUGGGAUUCCAUCACCACCGGCUUAUCUUUCCUUAGCACCAAAUGCGGAUGCAUUACUUAAAGGGGUCAAUUACGCUUCCGGUGGAGCAGGAAUUCUCAACGACACCGGGCUUUAUUUCAUUCAGAGGUUGUCCUUUGAUGAUCAAAUAAAGAAUUUUGAGAAGACAAGGGAAGCAAUCAAGAUGAAAUUGGGUGGAGACCAAGCUGCAGAAAAAUUCUGCAAUGAAGCCAUGUACUUCAUUGGAAUUGGUAGCAAUGACUAUGUCAACAACUACUUGCAGCCAUUUUUAGCAGACGCGCAGCAAUAUACCCAUGACGAGUUUGUGGGACUUUUAAUUUCAACCUUAGAGCAACAACUUGUGAGACUCCAUCAACUGGGAGCAAGAAAGAUGGUAUUCCACGGGCUUGGUCCCUUGGGCUGCAUCCCUUCCCAAAGGGUGAAAUCAAGGAAUGGGCAGUGCCUGAAUCAAGUGAACCAAUGGAUUCUGCAGUUCAAUUCCAAAGUCCAGAAUCUGAUGGCAUCCUUGAAUCGACACCUUCCCGAUGCACAACUAACAUUUGCAGACACUUACAAAUCAGUUCUGGAUUUGAUAAACAACCCUACCACCUACGGGUUUAAGAUCUCCAACACAUCCUGCUGCAAUGUUGACACGAGCGUUGGAGGGCUAUGCUUGCCUAACUCAAAGUUGUGCAAAAACCGGGCCGACUACGUUUUUUGGGAUGCGUUCCACCCUUCUGAUGCUGCGAAUGCAAUUCUUGCUGAAAAAUUCUUCUCCACCUUAUUUCCGAAUUCGAAUUCAUCGGCGCCCGCACCAGCACCCUCUCAUUGACCAAAGUCAGCAGCAAAAAAGAUAGAGCAUAAUUCUACUUUAGGCCUGUCAGUAGGACAGAUUUAAUCCAAUUCCAAACCGAAUCUAAUCUAAUUCAUUGACAAACCUACUUUGGAGUUUGGAGCCCUACAAAUUAAUAGCUUCCUAUAAGGAUAUGCUAUUUAGUAGUUUUAAAGACCAAAGGUUCUUCUAAGCUGCAACAAAGAGCUUACUUGGAAGUAUACUAUAGAUAGUCAGUAUAAAGCUUGAAAACAAUAAGAUUUGUAACUUUCAGAGGUGCACAACAUCCUAGUCAUGCAUCAACUUUACCGUCCGUCUGUGCACAACAGGUCCCCCC